CUUUGUUUUAUGAAGACCCGGAGCUACAGGAAGAAAUAAUCAUGGCUGACGUGCUGAGUGCGCUGCGACAGUACAAUAUUCAGAAAAAGGAGAUCAUAGAGAAAGAUGAUCUGGUUAUAUUCGGAGAUAUGGCAUGGCCAAAGACUGCCAAAACCAAUUACUUGGUUUGGGGUACUGGCAAGGAUGGGAUUGCUAAGGAGUAUUACACACUGGAUUGUAUCAUUUUCUUAUUGAAGAACGUCCAGUUGGCUCACUCACUCUAUGUCAGACAAGCUGCUGCUGCCAAUGUGCCAGUGGUUAGAAGACCAGACAGAAAAGAUUUGCUGGCAUAUCUCAAUGGAGAGCAGGCAGCCUCAGCUAGCAUCGAUAAAAGUGCUCCCCUAGAAAUCCCUGUACAGAGACCAGUCACAACCAAGCGCCCUGGAGAUGAUGCAUUUGGAGAAGCAGACAAAAAGAAACCAAGGCUGGAAGAAGAGGAGGUUCUGAGGGACAAAGAGCGUUUAGCAGCAAAACUUGAUGCUCCCAAGAAAACAUCUGUGAUACCUGCUCAUGUACAAUCCUCUUCCCUAUCAGAAGCAAUGUCCUUGGAGAAGAUUGCUGCCAUUAAAGCUAAGAUCCUUGCCAAGAAACGUUCCACCAUCAAGGGAGAUGAUGAGAUGGGCACCGGGAUGCUGGAACAGAGGAGUUUUGUGGACGCGGAGGUGGAUGUCACCAGGGAUAUUGUGAGCAGGGAGAGGGUUUGGAGGACCAGAACCACCAUACUACAGAGUGCUGGCAAGGAGUUUGCCAAGAACAUCUUCAGUAUCUUACAGUCCAUCAAGGCUCGUGAAGAAGGAGGCCACUCCCAUAGACAGCAAAACCCACAACCUACACCAGUCUCCUUCCAGAGUAGGCCACAGCCAGCGGCAGUGGCACCACAGUAUAACAGAUAUGAUCAGGAGAGAUACACGGGCCAGAAAGAAACUGGUGACUUCCAGCUGGAUACAACGCGGACAUUCCACGGGAUGACGCUGAAGUCCGUGACAGAGGAUGCUCACAGUCGCAAGCAGGAGCCAGUAAGGCAGCAACCUAAGCCCAAACCACAGCCUGCUGCUGCCCCAGUCAGUAGACCCAUCUCACAGGCCAGGCCUCCACCCAACCAGAAGAGAGGUUCCCGUACUCCCAUUAUUAUCAUCCCAGCUGCCACCACCUCACUCAUUACUAUGUAUAAUGCGAAGGACAUACUACAGGAUCUCAAAUUUGUCAGCACAGAAGACAAGAGGGCGCAGGGCACCAAGCGUGACAACGAGGUGCUGAUACAGAGGGGGAAGGACGGGGGUACCACUGUGCCCUACAGAAUUAUUGACAGUAUAGCAAAACUUAACCCUGAUGAUUGGGACAGGGUUGUGGCAGUGUUUGUCCAGGGUCCUGCCUGGCAGUUUAAAGGCUGGCCAUGGGGUGGAAAUCCUGUGGAAAUAUUCUCCAGAAUUCGAGGUUUCCACGUGAAAUGGGCGGAGUUACCACUGGAUAACAAUGUGGCAAAAUGGGAUGUGUGUGUUUUGAAUCUAGACAGACACCGGCGCCAUCUAGAUCGGGCCACAUUACAGCAGUUCUGGGUCACACUAGACAAGUAUCUGACAAAAUUCAAGCCUCACCUACGGUUCUGAAGCAGGAAAAGUUUUAUCAGAGGGCGAGGAAUGUAUUGGAACCCAUUUGCUUGUGUCAUGAGGUACUCAGAAUGUGGUGUGACAAACACAUAUGCUGUCAUUGUGUCCCAGCAAAGUUGCUUGUUGACGUGAUGUUGCUCAAAGUAUUUAGAUCUUCGGUUUGACAACAGUGAUGUUUUGACCCACAGACCGACUCUGUACAGCUUUUUAGCGGUAAUAAAGGAAUAACCUUGCUGGAUUGAGAGGCCAAGUUGAAAGAGUGAUUUGCAACUUUGCUGAGAUUUGCAUAUUUCAGCUCAAUGAAUGAAACUACUUUUACAGCUCUACAGGUGUCACCAGAGUCUAGAAGAAAUUUUUAAAAUGUACUGUUAUAUAAUGCUCACUUUUAAUUAGAGUUGUUCAAAACUUUUGAAAGAGAGACAUAAUUCCUUGAGAACACUUGGAACUGAGUUCUUGUGGUUUUAAGACCACAGAGUUGGCAAUGGAGAGAGCUUAUUGAAUGUUACUUACAAGUACAUUAUAUUUUCACCCAAUACCAUGCUGAA